AUGUCAAACGAUAAUUGGAUUGAUAUAUUUGCGUUACAAAUGUCCCAUCAAACUUUAAAUCCAACUAGCGCUAGUGUUAGUGGACAAGAUUUAGAAGGCAACGCCUCAUUCGACGGCAAUUCCGAAAAUGAAUAUCCUUUUGGAACACCAAUAGUUUUAUGUAGAAAUGUCGCAACUCAAAUGGUUUUUAUCCGCAAAGUAUGGGCUAUUUUGGCUAUUCAUUUAUUCAUUAUUACCUUAGUAACAUCAUUAUUAUAUUUGUGCGACUGGAGACACAUAAUUCAACGAUUCAUUUGGAUUUGGUGGAUUUCCUUAAUAUCAUCAGUAGUCCUGCUACUCGUUCUCACAUACAAGUCUAAUGACAUUUAUCAACCACCUUGGUACUUGAUCAUAGUAUAUGUGUUAUUAAAUUCCUACACAAUAGGAAGUAUAGAUCUAAUAUGUGUAAUAGAUCUUUUGAUUAUACUAUCUACUGUUUCUUUUUCGAUGAUCGGGUUUACGUAUCAAACUAGAUACAGAUUUAAGUCAAAAGGACCAAUAAUUUUUAUUUUCAUCACAAUAACUAUUAUAUCUUUGGUUCUCCAUCCUUUGGUAUUCUCGAUUAUCGAUGCAAUUCCAGCUGUUUUAAUUGCACUGUUAUUAUCGUUGUUCUUUGUGCUUGAUACGUGGUAUAUGAUGGAUAGUAUGAAUAAAGAUGAAUUUCGGGGUGCAAGCAUGCAAUUAAUAUUGGAUUUACUAGUGCCAUUCAGGUGUAUACAUCAUAUUAGUGAACUUACAGCUGAAUUUUGGUAA